AUGAAAACAAUAAUUAUAAACGAACCUAUUAACUUAAAAGUAGUAAAGUAUGAAUUAAACUUUGACUUAUUGAAUCCUACGGAGCUAAAACAAAAGAAGAAACCAAAGAAAAUUCGUAUACCAAAAAUUGAACACAAAAAGCAAUGUGUAAUACCAUCACCGCCUCCAGUCAAUAAUCCACGGCAGAAACAUGAUAUAAAAGAUUUAGUAGAACAAUUACUAGACCAACUAUAUGCAGAUCAACGUGACUGGACUAGAAACAGUAUCACAGAAUAUAGCCAAAGCAGCGCACCGUCUCUUACAUCAUCUCAAUCUAACUGCGGUGAUCAGACGGAUGCCAUUGAACGAGUGUAUUUAGAAGAUUUAGAAAAGGACGAACUUCAGGACCAGUUAAAUGAAUGGAUGUACAGACUACGUGUAACCGGAGAGAGGUUGGCGAAAAGCUUACGUGCGCGAGACCGCUUAAGGCGAGAACAAAAGAAACUGUGCGCUGCGUUUACCGUCUUACUUCGACAUAUAACCGGAGACUCCGAUGCUCGUUUCGGCAUAACGCCGAGUGGCAGCGAAGGACCUGGCGAGGGUGGUUUUGCAGAAUGGCUUCAUGCUAUGAAACUAGUUGCGCGGCUUCCAGCCGGCGUGCCACAACACUUUCGAAGAAAGCUAUGGCUGACUCUAUCAGAGCGACAUUUAGCAUCAAGAAAAAUCGACUGGCCUACUGCAGAGCGAGCCUGUUUCCGCGGCACCGCCCAGCCCGAUGAUACUGAGCUUGGUGCUCAAAUCAUAAAGGAUUUACAUCGUACCGGUUGCUCACUUUUUUGUGGGACUGAAGGUCGGGAAAAUCAAGCAAUGCUAAGAAGAGUUUUAUUGGCAUACGCUAGGUGGAAUAAGGAUGUAGGAUACUGUCAAGGCUUCAAUAUGUUAGCAGCUAUAAUAUUAGAAGUAAUGGAAAAGUCAGAAUCUGAUUCGUUAAAGGUGAUGAUAUAUUUAGUGGAAGCUGUAUUACCAGAGGGUUACUUUGCAGAUGACCUGCGCGGACUCUCCGCAGACAUGGCGGCAUUUAGAGAUCUACUUAAGAUACGUUUGCCGAGACUCGCACAUCACAUGGAUCGUCUUCAAAGGAUAUCUGAUGGUGGCGGUAUUGAACCUCCUCUACCUGAUGUUUUCACUAUGCAAUGGUUCCUUACACUUUACGCAACAUGGCUACCCCGGGAUUCGUUAUUAAGAAUCUGGGAUCUUAUCCUCCUUGACGGUAGCGAAGUCCUUCUGCUUACAGCACUUGCGAUAUGGGACAUACUACAAGAUCGUAUUCUAUCAGCACGGUCUGCAGACGAGUUCUAUAGCUGUAUGGGCGGUGGUGUUGGUGCUGUUUGGGAGGCGGGCGAGGCGCUGGUAGCGAGGGUCGUAGCGUUUGGAUCAGCACCGGAACUGCCUAGACUUCGCAGUCUCCACCGAUAUAAAGUUGCACCGCCAGCUCCACCCAAUUCCGCGCCUGUUUUCCACCCUCCAAUACAGUCUACGAUGCAAUCAAUGACAAAACGUGGUUUGCGCUUGUUUUACUCCGAAGAUGAAGGCGACUCCAGCGACGACGGAAAUAAAAUGGCUUUAACUGCAGUCAUACCUAGACGUGAGGAGAGAUCGGGUGCUGGUGACAGGCUUUCACUGGAUAUAGGAGCUCUAAAACGUCAGUAUGCUCGCCUUCGGGAACGGCAAAGGCAAGCUCAUGUUAUUUUAGCAGCUGCUUGUGCUCGACACGCCGCAGUUCCUACUUCCCCGACAUCACUAACUGUGAAUAAUCUUUUGUUAGGCAAAAGUGCCAUUGUCAGUUCUAGAGGACGAAGACUUGGUCCUCCACCUGGAGCAAUACCACCGUCACGUGCUUCAUCAUUAAACCAUGAAAAAUCUGAUGCAAAGUCCCAUAGAUCUCCAAGUGAUACAAUUAGUUGGAAAGAAGAAAAGAGACGCAAAUCUUUAAACAGGCGAAACUCUGUUAACUGGAGAGAUUUAAAAAAAGAAAAAUCUUCGCAAAAAUAUAGAAAAAGUUCAAUCGAUUUUGAUGAAUCUGGUGACGGAGUUAUAGUGUCUGAAGUAGAAGCUAAUGAAAUGAUUGCUUCGUUACGGUCACGGAGUUCUAGUGAAUCUUCAUCUUAUUCCUCUCAUUCUGCUUCAAGCACAGAUACUAGCCUUUGUGAUGAAAAUGAAAGGGCAAGUGAUUCUGAUCAAGAGUUGUCAAACGAUGAUAAAGAAAACAACAGUGCAUGCUUAAAAGAUAGUACAUCCCCGUAUUCUCUCUAUAAAGACACAAAUAUUUCUCAAUUACCAGUAACAAAAGCAGAAAUAAAUAAAAAAAUAUCAGAUCAUGAUAGUAAAUUUCGCACUCCAACGAAACCUAUUAAAACUAUUAAUGAUUACCUCGAUUCUGCUGCUGGUGAACCACUUCGUAUUUAUAUAGAUGGUUUUGAUAAAAAAUUAAAGGACACAAUGAGUUGUGAUAAUGUUAUUCGUAAGCCAGAAGUUCUAUUUAAUUCUUCGAUACCAGUAUCUCCAUGUAUUAAUAGAGAGAGACAUGAAGUCAUACAAAGGUUAACAAAUAUAAAUUCUGAUGAAAUUUCAAGAAAUCGAGAAUUUAAAAUGCCAACAAAUAUUUCCAAAAGUACAAACUUUACUGAAUUAAGCCCAAUUGACUUAUCACCAUGUAAUUUUGUCAUUGAAUGUAGGUCUCCUUAUAAAUAUAAUCCUGGAUCGAAUUUUAAAAGAUUGACUCCUUCAAAAUAUAGCUUAAAUUCAAGACCACCUGAUAUCAUUGACAGCUUAACAAUGUAUCCAAACUUUGUCCCUGAUAUAGAUUUGUCAGAAAAAAAUGCGUCAGAUUUUGAAAGUCCUCCGAGAAGUCCUGGAACAGAAAGUAUCAUUAUAAGUGAGGAUGAACCACCAAUACCACUGAAAAUUGACAAAUACUUCGAGCAUAGCCCUGAGUUUUUUGGAGCACGCGUAACUGAUCCCAAUAAUUCGGAUAUUCCAAAUAGAAGGGCUACUAAAAGACAAUCGCGACAACCUAAAAAACCAGAUUCACUAACUCUACAGACUAGCCAUAAUGAAAAGCUACUAAAAAAUGAAACUGAAAGAGCAUCCUCUUUACCCCAAAAUCAAACUUUUCGAAAGAAAGAUGUAUUAAGCCAUUUAUUAAAAACAGAAAUCAAAUGUAAACCCUAUGUGGAUACCGCAAAUAUGAAACAAGUAUUACACUCAGAUAUUGUUGUGGACGAAAUACGAGAAAAUGACACCAAAAAUAUUAAUGACGUUUCACCGAAAGACUAUUUUAUUAGAUCUGGUAGAAAAAAUAGUGAAAAAGCAUUACAAAUAAUUCAAGAAAAUUCGCAAAUAUUAAGUCGUAUCCUAACAAAGCAAAAUAUAACUAAUACUCAAGUUGACAUUAAUAAAUUGCAUUCAAAGAAAAAUUCUGAAAACAUAACUGAUAAGAAACAAAAUGUUUCAAGUCUCAUUACAGAAAAAGUUGUAGAAUAUAAACAAUUAGACUCUCCACUUUUAAAAGAAUCAACAUCUGAUUCAUCAAUCGGCUUCAUAAAAAGACUGCCUAAAGUUGAAACAAGCGAAAAAAGUUAUUUCCAAAAAGCUCGACCUAUUUCAAUUGACGAUCCAUUGUCAUUUGAAUUAAGAAAAGUUUUAAGCAGAAAUGAAGAACUUACUGCCAAAAAUGGUAAAACACCUAGCAGUGAAUGUGUAGGCAAUAAAACAGAUAUAUAUGGUUGGGAAAAUAAAGGAUUUUUGGCAAAGUGCGAAUUCAAAAAUAUUUCUGACAAAUCAGGCUACAAUUUAGACAUUUUUCGAUCAAAACAAACCAUUUCACCAAUGAAACAUGAAUUCUCUGAAGAUUUAAAGUCAAUAGACUCCGAAUGGACACGUCGAUCAUUUUCCGGUGACUCUAAAACGUCAGUUACAUUACCGUCGUCAGAGCGUAAAGAUACAUCUUCUUAUGAAAGCAAGUACAUGUCUGAUAGCUUCAACUAUCCAUUCUCAAGUAAAUACAAUGAUUUCCUCACUAAAGCCAGUGACACAUGCAUUAAAACUGUUGAUGAAGGGUCUAAAAUAUCAGAAAAUUUAUUAAAAAGUGACAGCAGCCAUGUAAGCGACUUUGCACACGUAGUAACGUCUUCUAUAAGCUUAACUUGUGAACCUUCUGUUGAUGAUUAUUCACCAAUAGGAGUUAAAAGUAAUUCAAGCGACACGCUAUGUCAAAUUACAUCGUUAGACCAGAUUUCUACACCAAUAUCACCCAAAGCGUUUCCAAAUCGUGAAACACCGACACUUCCUAAAGAUACGGAUAAAAGUGAUAAAGGAAGAAUAGAUUCAGAUGACACGUGCAGUGCAAUCACUUCUUUGAUCGAAACUGAUACAUUAUCUUCUUUAUCUUACCCGCGAAGUCCAUCAACAGGGUCAUAUCACCCUUUCCCCACAAGGCCUUCAACAAAGCUACCUAAAGAACUUGGAGUAAAACUAGGAAUGUAUCCUAAAGAAACUAUCAGUUCUCCUACAAAGUAA